AUGUCUGCAGUCCUCGAUGCUCUCGCAAAAUACGGUGUACGGGGCUCUUUGCAGGCUCUUCUAUCUCCACAGCACAAAGAUCGCGACGGUACUCAUGGGGUGAACACAGAAUACGUUUGCGCGCGGAAGAAGACCAAAAGUCGAAGAAAAGGGCAACUGUCCGUCUACAAAGUGGUACACGAAGGCACCACCGACGAGGGGCACAAAGCGCGCUAUUACCAGAAUGUGGAGGCAAUCGAUUCUGAUGACAAUGAAAGAGCGAGCUUCGUUGGGAUCAUGAAGAUGACGGACUCGGACAUGGGACACAGUGUUAGGCGAACCGUCCGAAAACACCAGAUGGAGCAUCCAGCAGGCAACAGCAAUGGUGUUCUUGAGAGGCACUCGAGCAACCAACACAGAAUGGACCGGGCAGCGUCCAGGGAGAGUGGGAUCCUAGAUGCAACAUCGAGCGGGGGGUUGUCUCCAUGUCCAAGAAGAACGAGUCCACGGACGGCGGCGUAUAGUUCAAGUGACGUCCGCAAUGUGGUAACAACAUCUGGGCCACGCGUACUCCUGACUCAAGAACAUGAUCGACGUAAGAAUGCUGGUCCUCGCACAGGGCCCCAGCGAAGAAAGUAUUUGGUGCAAGAGCCAGAAACACGGAUGUCCAGCGGAGUUCUACCUUGGCAAGAACUGCUCGGGGAAAGAUUUGCAGGACCCGAGGCGCGAAGAAACCCGAAGCUUGGAAAGAAAAUGAAAGCCACCAGCGGACUGGAAGCAGGCGUUGAAGAGAUUGAAAUGAAAAAACAGAGUGAAAUCCAAGGCCGAGAGUCAGGUGUCUCGAUGGUUUCCGAAUGUUCCGGGAGACAAUUUAUCCAGCCUGGCCUGACGGCACGAGAAUCAGCGAAUCUCGUUUUUGGAGAGGGCUCUCAAGGGAACAGUGGGGAGCCACAUGGUGGGUAG